AUGAAAAUGGCUACUCCACAGGCGGUUUUCACCUUUGCAAUUUGCAUUUUAAUGAUUACAGAAUUAAUCCUAGCUACGGAAAAUUUCUAUGAUGUCUUAGGAGUUCCAAAAUCUGCAUCAGAACGCCAAAUCAAGAAGGCCUUUCACAAGUUGGCCAUGAAUUACCAUCCUGACAAAAAUAAGAGCCCUGAUGCUGAAACUAAAUUUAGAGAGAUUGCAGAAGCAUAUGAAACACUUUCAGAUGCCAAUAGAUGAAAAUAAUAUGAUUCAGUUGGACACAGUACCUUUACUAGUAGUGGUGGAAAUACCUUCCAGCAGUCAUUCAACUUCAACUUCCAUGAUCUCUUUAAAGACUUUGAUUUUUUGGUCCUGGCAAAAACACUCAAACCAAAAAAACAUUUUGAAACUCACUUCCAGACACGCCAGGAUAGUUCCGGCAGGCAAAAGCAUCAUUUUCAGGAAUUUUCUUUUGGAUGUGGACUUUUUGAUGACAUGUUUGAUGAUAUGGAAAAAAUGUUUUCAUUCAAUGACAAAACUAGCACCUGUCAUAACACAGUUAUAU